CUUCACAAAAGACUGGGCUCAGUUGACAUAAGUAAGCUACACAAUAUAGCCACCCAUCACGAUGUAUCACCUGCGAGUGCCUGAGCUCUUCUUAAUGCUGUCUGUGCUGCUGCAUUGCAUCACUGCUGCCCCAAGCCACAGACACUUAAGUCCCAGCUCAUUCAGCGAGGAGGAGAGUGCUCCACCAGAGGACGACGGCUGGGCAGUGCCCAAGUUCCCACUUUCUAACCCCUUCCUUGGACUCAUGGCGACACGAUCACAGCAAGGCCUCACGGCUAUGAACAGCCAUCCCAUUGAGAAGAGAAAGUGCAACACAGCCACCUGUGUCACCCAAAGGUUAGCAGACUUCCUGGUCCGGUCCAGUAACACCAUCGGCACGGUGUACGCGCCAACCAAUGUGGGAUCUGCCACCUAUGGCAAGAGGGACCUAUUACUGCCACCAGACUACUAUCUUCCUUUUUAGUAGCCUCGCAUCUAUAUAUUAUGAACUGUAAUAACAAUCCUGAACAGUGUUUAUUCUAUCAACUUUACUGUACCUUUUGUUUAGGUUCCUGUGAUUUUUCUUCUGUUUUGGUGUCUUUUUUAUGCUAUUUCUCAGUAGCAUGCUCUAUAUAAAA